AACAAUUCAGCGCUUUCAGGAAGUGUAGAAGUUGGGGAGACUGACAGAAAUAGAGGAGAAAAAGAAGGACAUUUAUCAUAUUUAACAUGGCUGAACCCAGAACAUCCUCAAUUGAUGGGAAGUUGGCUCAAGAAUUUGCUGUUCCCUCCCACGUUGAGGAAGUCAAAGAGAAGAUGGCUGCUUUUGCCAGGUGUCACGUAGAAGCAGGUCGCAAGGUGGUUCUCAUCACAUCAGGAGGCACCAAAGUUCCCCUCGAGUCCCGCACCGUUCGCUUCCUCGACAACUUCAGCAGCGGCAGACGUGGAGCCUCCUCAGCAGAAUACUUCAUAGACUCCGGCUACGCUGUGAUUUUCCUACACAGGCACCGUUCUCUGUACCCAUACACGCGGAUGUUUUUAACUGUGAACAUGCUAGACGCCUUGCAGUUCAGGGGUGGAGUAGGAGCAUCUGGUAACACUGGGGAAGUGGUGGUCGACCAGCAGGUGCUUCCCAACAUUGCCAAAGUGCUGAAGCGAUAUCAUGAAGUGAAAGAUGGAAAACUUCUUCUUCCCAUUGAGUUCAACACUCUGUCAGAGUAUUUGCAUUUACUCAAAGCAGCAGCACAAGCACUCGACACAAUAGGAUCAAAUGCCAUGUUUUAUUUGGCUGCAGCAGUGUCUGAUUUCUACAUACCAGCAUCCGAGAUGCCUGAACAUAAAAUCCAGUCUUCUGACGGACCUCUUCAACUCAGCAUGAAGAUGGUCCCCAAAAUACUCUCCCCACUUGUUAAGGAGUGGGCACCUCAAGCAUUUGUCACGUCCUUCAAACUAGAGACAGAUGCAGCCAUCCUGCUUGACAAGGCUCGACUGGCUCUGGACACUUACAGACAUCAGGCAGUGGUGGCCAACGUACUGGACUCUAGACGGGGUUAUGUGGUGGUGGUGACUCCUAAAACUCAGGCUGAGCUGAUCCUCACCGAGGAGGAUGUGAACAAUGAGGUGGAGAUAGAAGAGAGGAUAGUGAGCAACCUGACAUCGGCACACAGCACGUUCAUAACUCAACAAGUGGGUUGAUAGAAACGCUCUGCUAGAUGUCAUUAUGUCAGUGCUCCAUGAUCCUGGGCUUCAAUGCUUCAUUUCAGACUUGCCUGUUCUGCGGAAAAAUUUCUGUAUCUUCAGUUUGUUGUAUGAUUGCAUAAGCUUUGUAACAACUGUAAACAUUUAUCUGUUUUAGUUGUUAAUUAAUUCUUUUAACAAGAAUAAGAUACACUGUACCAGAAUUUAAAAUGUUUAUUCACAUUUCAGAAAAUUAAGAUUUUAUUACUGCUUUACUGCAACUCUCACCACAA